AUGGCGUCCCGUUUGGCGAGAAGUGCUGUCGGGGCCGCCCGCCUCCGACCGACCAUCUCCGCUCCGCGCGCUGUCCUGCCCGCCGUCUCGGCCCUCGCGUCGUCGCGCAGCAGCUCGUCGACCAACGUGCCCGCGGCCGACCCCAAGUCCAAGGCCCACUCCAUCAUCGACUCACUCCCUGGCAGCAGCCUCCUCUCCAAGACGGCCAUCCUGUCGUCGGCUGCCGGUGCCUCCAUCUACGCCAUCAGCAACGAGUACUAUGUCGUCAACGAGGAGACAGUCGUCGCCUUCUGCCUGCUCAGCGUCUGGGGCGGCCUGAUCAAGUACGGUGGCCCUAUGUACAAGGAGUGGGCUGAGGCGCAGAACGCCAAGAUUAAGGGAGUCCUCAACUCGGCCCGCGACGACCACACCCAGGCCGUCAAGAGCCGCAUCGACGAUGUCCAGCAGAUGUCGAGCGUCGUCGAGAUUACCAAGUCCCUGUUCGAUGUGUCCAAGGAAACCGCCAAGCUCGAGGCUGAGGCGUACGAGCUCGAGCAGAAGACGGCACUGGCUGCCGAGGCCAAGACUGUACUUGACUCGUGGGUGCGGUACGAGGGUCAGGUGAAGCAACGGCAACAGAAGGAGCUUGCCCAGUCCAUCAUUGCCAAGGUGCAGAAGGAGUUGGAGAACCCCAAGGUCUUGCAGCAGAUCCUCCAGCAGAGCGUGGCUGACGUCGAGAAGAUUGUCGCGUCCAAGGCUCAAUAG